AUGGACAAAUCCUCUUCUUCACCUCCUACAAACACUAACAACACCUCCCUCGCUUUCUCUCUUUCCAAUAAUAACUUUCCUAAUCCUUCACACUCUUCUUCCUCUCACCUCUCUCUUUUCCACUCCUUCACACCUUAUCCUUCCUCUAUAAUACCACCAUCUCUCACCCUCACAGGAAGCAACAACCCCGUGGAAGCUUCACCAGAGGCAACAGACGGAGGAACCACCAACCUCUCCAUAUUCACCGGCGGCCACAAGUUUGAGGACUUCUUAGGAAGCUCCGUUGCACCAACAAGAACCGCUGCCGCAACGUGUGCACCGACGCAGCUUCAGCAGUUUUCCACCGACAAUGAUGUAUAUAAUUCUGAGCUCAAGAAAACAAUAGCCGCUUGCUUUCCUGGUGGCUACCCCACCGAACCAAACUCCGAACCUCAAAAGCCUUCUCCUAAAAAAACUGUCGAUACCUUCGGACAACGCACCUCCAUCUAUCGCGGUGUCACGAGACAUAGAUGGACGGGGAGAUAUGAAGCACAUCUAUGGGACAAUAGUUGCAGAAGGGAAGGACAAAGUAGGAAAGGAAGACAAGUUUAUUUGGGUGGCUAUGAUAAGGAAGAGAAAGCAGCUAGAGCUUAUGAUCUUGCUGCUCUCAAGUACUGGGGUCCAACGACCACUACCAACUUUCCAAUUUCCAACUAUGAGAAGGAGAUUGAUGACAUGAAGAACAUGACUAGACAAGAAUUUGUUGCUUCUCUACGAAGGAAGAGUAGUGGUUUCUCAAGAGGAGCAUCAAUUUACAGAGGGGUAACAAGACACCACCAGCAUGGCCGAUGGCAGGCAAGAAUAGGCAGAGUUGCCGGAAACAAAGACCUCUACCUUGGCACUUUCAGCACUCAAGAAGAAGCUGCAGAAGCGUAUGAUAUUGCAGCAAUCAAAUUUAGAGGACUAAAUGCAGUAACAAAUUUUGACAUGAGUCGGUACGACGUAAAGAGUAUUGCAAAUUGUUCUCUUCCCAUAGGAGGUUUAUCAAACAAGAACAAUAAAAAUUCCACAGAUUGUGUAUCAGAAACCAAAAUCAAUGAACCAAUUCAAUCCGACGAAAUAGAUCAUCCAUCUUCAACUUCGUCAGCAACAACUUUAAGCUUCGCCUUACCUAUUAAACAAGACCCUUCUACCGAUUAUUGGUCCAAUAUUCUCGGCUUCCAUAAUAAUCCUAGUGCUGUUACUACCACUACCAUACCAUUCAACAUGGAUUUUUCUGCUCAUGUACCUUCAAAUACCAACAGUGAUAAUCCCCACAAUGCAGCAUUUUUCAGUGGAUCAGGUAUAUUUGUUCAGCAACAAAAUAUGAACGGAAGCAGUGGUUCCAAUUCUUCAUCUUCGUCGUCAGCUUCAACGAGUUCAAUUCCAUUCGCAACGCCAAUAUUUUCUUUAAAUAGUAAUAGUAGUAGUUAUGGAAAUGGAAAUAACUGGAUUGGACACACAUUCCAAACACAUGCAAAGCCAAGUCUAUUUCAAACGCCAAUAUUUGGAAUGGAAUGAGCUCAUGCAUCAGGUGGUGGAGCUAGAGAAAUGAGAAUCUGUGCAUAUAAUAAUAAUGAAUGAUGAUGAUGAAAGUGUUCAAGGAAGGACAGUGAUGUAGUGAUGGUGUUGUUAGUCUUAGCAUGCAACGCAAUAGAAUCAGAAGAAGAGAAGGACUAGUCUUUAUUUACAGUCAUAAUAGUUCAUGAGAGAUAGCUGUUGCUGACUGACACUGUACUAACUCAAAGUUCCUUUGUUUUAAAUCUUCCAAGUUUUCCUUUUUUGUGUUUUUCAAUUUUUUGCAUUUUGUCUCUGUUUAUAUACUGACAUGAUUUAUGAGUAUAAUGGGAAAUAAAUCCUUUUGUAAUCCAUUUCAUUGUGUUGGUAUCAA